AUGAGAGUGGUGUGUACGAUCCUUGUCAUCGCCGUGGUAGCCUGCAGCGCUGCCCCUGGUGCUGGUGCGGAAGACGAUGGGAAGAUUGAGUUGUUUUCGGGAGUAGCUAUUGAAAGACAUAUAAUAACAGUAAAUGUUGUUAAAAUGCUUAUAACAAAGGAGGAAAAGGAUGGCGCACGUGGGAAGAUCAAGAAAUACACGCCUCUGCUAGCCGGUAUAGGAGUGAAAGUUAUCGCCGUGGUGGGCCUACUCUUCGGAGCUCUCACUCUACUUGUCACAAAAGCAUUGGUGGUAGCCAAGCUGGCGUUCUUAGCAGCCGCAGCGCUAGGUCUUCACAAGCUUCUGAGUGGAGGAGGACUUAAUAAUAUCAGUGGCAAGAUCGCCAGCUUCCAGUCGACGCCUCAACAAUGGUCAUCACCAACUGCUUCAGCUGCAUCAUACCCUUACGCUAGAUCUGCCAGUUUGAUCCAAGAUGCAAAUGAUCUAGCGUAUAAAGCACAAAUUUCUUCAUAA